UAUUUAAAUGGGAAUCAAAAGCGCACAGAGGAAAAGGGACCAAGAGUGAGAAACAAAAAAAAGUGGAGUCAGGUUUAAUUUACGCACGGAAAAAACUGAGACAUAGUUUAAGAAAGACAAGGGCAAUAGAAUUAAAGAAGCAUUGGAUUUUUUUUUUUCUAAAUGUGUGUUUUUGCACUCUCAUGACUCAAAGAGGAUUCCGGUUAAAUUCACCCGAUCGGGAGGAAUUGAUGGUGUCUUGUUGGGGAGGCAGAGCCGAGGGGAGGAAUCUGAAUGCGCUCGGCUGAACCAUGCCAGCUUUGUGGAUCAUAACUUUGGCGAUCACUUUAAACCAAGUGUGGUGCGUUCGUUUCUCCCAAGAGCCUGCGGACCAGUCGGUGGUGCUGGGAGAACGGGUGGUGCUGUCCUGUGUCGUCUUCAACUACAGCGGCAUCGUCCAGUGGACCAAGGACGGCCUGGCACUCGGCAUUGGAGAGGGUCUUCGAGCGUGGCCCAGGUAUCGUAUCCUGCGUUCUCUCGACAUCGGCCAGUACAACUUGGAGAUCUCCAACGCCGAGCUUUCUGAUGACUCUCUCUAUGAGUGUCAGGCCACAGAGGCCGCCUUGCGCUCCAGGAGGGCUAAGCUCAAUGUACUCAUCCCACCUGAGGACCCAGUGGUCGAGGGAUCCCCUGAGCUCUUGCUGAUGGCUGGUACUUCACACAACCUGACCUGUGUGACUCGUGGGGCCAAGCCUGCGGCACACAUCCAGUGGACCAAGAAUGGCCUUCCUGCGGAGGGGGCCUACCACUCCACGGAAGUGCUGCCAGACAGGAAAAGGGUUACGACCAGGAGCUACCUGCCCAUCACACCAGUCGACACAGACAGUGGCAGCAAUUUCACCUGUGUGGCCAGCAAUCCAGCUGUACCUAUGGGGAAACGAACCACCCUAACCCUCAAUGUUCACCACCCUCCCACCGUGACCCUGUCCAUCGAGCCUCGCUCUGUCCUUGAGGGAGAGAGGGUUACCUUUACCUGCCAGGCCACUGCCAACCCUCCUAUCAUGGGCUACAGGUGGGCUAAAGGUGGCGUGCUGCUGGAGGGAGCCAGAGAAAGCGUGUUUGUCACCACCGCAGAUCACUCAUUCUUCACCGAGCCCGUGUCCUGUCAGGUGUUUAACGCCGUGGGAAGCACUAACGUCAGCAUCCUUGUGGACGUGCACUUUGGCCCCAUACUGGUAGUGGAGCCCAGGCCGGUUACAGUGGAUGUGGACGCAGACGUCACUCUGAACUGCAAGUGGUCUGGAAACCCUCCUCUCACUCUCACCUGGACUAAAAAGGGUUCCAGCAUGGUGCUAAGCAACAACAACCAACUGCAUCUGAAGUCAGUGAGCCAGGCUGAUGCAGGCCAGUAUGUCUGCAAGGCCAUCGUGCCCCGAAUUGGCGUGGGAGAGACCGAGGUUACGCUCACUGUCAACGGCCCCCCUAUCAUCUCCAGUGAUCCGGUUCAGUACGCUGUCAGAGGGGAGAGAGGGGAGAUCAAAUGUUACAUCGCCAGCACCCCUCCACCUGAUAAGAUUGUUUGGGCGUGGAAGGAAAACGUCUGGGAAAAAGAGAAAGGCACACUAAUGGAGAGGUACACAGUGGAGCAGAGUAAACCUCCAUCUCAAGGCGGGGCUGUUCUCUCCACCCUGACCAUCAACAAUGUCAUGGAGUCAGACUUCCACUCCCCGUACAACUGCACUGCCUGGAACUCCUUCGGACCUGGCACCAUGAUUAUCACACUGGAGGAGAAGGAUAUUGUUCCAGUGGGAAUUAUCGCUGGUGGCACGGUGGGCUCCUCGUUUCUGCUGCUUAUUUUUCUACUGGCGCUCGCCUUCUUCCUGUACCGCCAACGCAAAGGCAGUCGAAGGGGUGUCACCCUCGGUAAACCAGACAUCAAGGUAGAAACGGUGAACAAAGAAACCCACAGCCUGGAGGAGGAGGCGGCCAACGUCUCCACAGCAACCCGGAUGGUCAAGGCUAUGUACUCUUUUCUGCCCUCUGUUUCCCUCUCUCCCUCCACUCAGCCAUUCAAAGAUGACAUGGACCUGAAGCAGGACGUCAGAAGCGAGAGUGACACCCGGGAGGAGUACGAGCUCAAGGAUCCAACCAAUGGCUACUACAAUGUCCGUGCUACAACCCAUGACGAGGCGCGCCCCCAGUCCCGGGUCGUCCACUACCAGGGAGAGUUUCGCUCUCCAAACCCAAGCAGCGGACCAGCAGGAGCGACUUCCAGCGGACCCUCUGCGUCUGCCAGCGGUGCAGUUCCCCCCAGUGCGGUGCCGGGCUCAAGAGCUGGCUGCUACGACCCCCGUCCACCAUCCAGGAUGUCCCAUUCUACUUAUGCCCAAUUCAACACAUUCUCCAGGGCAGCACAAAGCCAGCAAGCCCCUGCUAAUCCAGCUCUUCAGUCACCCGGAGAAUACCCUGGAGACUGUGGCCUGCUGGACAGCACCACCCAACUGGCUUAUGACAACUACGGAUACCCUUCCCAGUAUCCCAGCUACCGCAUGGGCUUUGCUCCACCCAUAGAGGAAGGGCCAGCCUAUGAGAUGUACCCAACGGGACAAGGGACAGGGCCAGGUCCAGGACCGGGGCCAGGACCAGGACCAGGACCAGGACCAGGACCAGGACCAGGACCAGGACCACAAAGUCCUGAAACAGGGCUGGGAAAGUAUGGAAGCUCCACUCGCUUCUCAUACUCAUCUCCACCUUCUGACUAUUCGCAGAGACACACACAACGAAUGCAGACUCAUGUGUGAGAAAGUGGUAUACAAGCUUUUUGGAUUUGCUUUUUACAGGAGCAGUACUUAUUACACAGAAACAUAAAAAAAAUCUUUGAAAUUUUCAAAAAAUGCCCUCAUAUCUAUACAUAAACACCUAAGAAUCU